GGAAGUAGCGGCUGCGGGGAGCGGCGGCAGCGACAGCCGGGGCUGCCGCACUCAAUGAGCGACGCUCCCGCAGCCGCCCGCCCCGCUCGCCCCUUCCCCGCCUCCCGAGGGCAGCGGCGCCGAGCCAGCCCGCCGCCGCCGGGGGCUGGAGGCUGAAGCGGGCAGAGGCAGCUCCGGCUCUUCCCGAAGAGGAGGAGGAGGAGGCGGCGGCGGCGGGGACUGCAGGUGGGGAGUACUUGGAAGGAAAACAGAGUUCUUCAAGGUCAGAGGAGAGAGAGGUUUCAAGUUAACACACACAGGCAAAUGAGAAAGCAAAUCUCUUGAGACAUAAGCAGUGGUACUUCCCUGGAGGGAGGAGAUGGGGAUUCUCCUGUUGCUCUGAGUGUUGCCAGGUGCCAGAAGUGGUCCCCAGUGGUGGUGGACAGUUAUUCUGAGUGACGGCCCUUGCACACGCUUCUGAGUGGUUAUCAUGGGCUUCAUUGCCUUCCUGAAGACCCAGUUCAUAGUUCACCUCCUCAUUGGGUUCGUCUUUGUUGUCAGUGGACUGAUCAUUAACUUCAUUCAACUAUGCACGCUGGUCCUCUGGCCCAUCAACAAGCAGCUUUAUCGCCGAGUAAACUGUCGCCUUGCCUAUUCCCUGUGGAGCCAGUUGGUAAUGCUGCUGGAAUGGUGGUCAGGCACAGAGUGCACCCUGUUCUCAGACGAGGCCACGGUGAAAACCUUUGGGAAGGAACAUGUCAUCAUCAUCCUGAACCACAACUUUGAGAUCGACUUCCUAUGCGGCUGGACGAUGACGGAGCGCUUUGGAGUGCUGGGGAGUUCCAAAGUUCUUGCUAAGAGAGAGCUGCUAUAUGUGCCCCUAAUCGGCUGGACGUGGUACUUCCUUGAGAUUGUUUUCUGCAAAAGGAAAUGGGAAGAGGACAGAGAUACAGUUAUUGAGGGAUUGAAACGUUUGUCUGAUUAUCCUGAAUAUAUGUGGUUUCUGCUGUACUGUGAAGGAACUCGUUUCACAGAGACCAAGCACCGCAUCAGUAUGGAAGUAGCUGAAUCCAAGGGGUUGCCUAAACUGAAAUACCACCUGUUGCCCAGAACCAAAGGUUUCACCACUGCUGUCCAGUGUCUCAGGGGAACAGUUUCAGCAGUGUAUGAUGUAACACUAAAUUUCAGAGGAAACAAGAACCCAUCUUUAUUAGGAAUUCUUUAUGGAAAGAAAUAUGAAGCAGAUAUGUGUGUAAGGAGAUUUCCUCUGGAAGAUAUCCCUCAAGAUGAAAAGGAAGCUGCAAAUUGGCUUCAUAAGCUUUACCAGGAAAAGGAUGCUUUGCAAGAGAUGUAUAAUCAGGAAGGUGUAUUUCCUGGCAAGCAGUUUAAACCUCCUAGGAGACCAUGGACUCUCCUAAACUUUCUUUUUUGGGCCACAGUUCUCCUCUCUCCUCUCUUCACAUUUGGCUUCGGAGUUUUUGCAAGUGGAUCACCUCUCCUUAUCCUUGCAUUUCUGGGACUUGUAGGAGCAGCUUCCUUUGGAGUUCGUAGACUGAUAGGAGUAACUGAAAUAGAAAAAGGCUCCAGCUAUGGCAACCAGGAAUUCAAGAAAAAGGAAUAACUGACGGCUGCAGUUCGGCACAUAUAACCAGACUAUGGUAUCCGAUUAACUUCAGUUCAAAAACAACAACAAACACUUAGAAACUAUCUUUUUCUUAAUAACUGAUGACUAAUAUUAAUGAAUAAAACUUGAGCCAAGAAUGAAGAAGUUGGAGGCAUCGGCUGAAGAGAAUGCACCAACCUUCUGCCUGUUCAAGGAUUACUGUAGUCAAGAUGUGGGAGAAAAUCUGGGGUGGGGUGGAAGAAGAAACUAAUUUUUCUUGCUUUGUUGGGGGACUUGGGGUGGGGGAGAAAAGAAGGCAUUGGCCAUGGCCACGUGUAUCUUCAGAUGACUGAAAACUGGUUUCUGUCAAGAGCACUACACUCACUUUUACAACAGGAGCCAUUGAAUGUUUCCUCUUGCUAAAGCCAACGUAACGUUUAUUGAUUUCCAACUUCUCUUAUUAAUGAGCCAGGAAAAACACCCUCCUUAAAUGAAUUGACAGGAGUUCAUUUGGUUAGAGUCUUUUUGGCUGUGUUGUCAUGGCUACAGAUGAAAUCCUGUUUGUAUGUUACACUGACACUUUUUAUUUUCAGGCAACAUCUUAAGACUUCUGUAAUGCAGGAGAAUGGAUAGUGAAGCUUGGAAGCAGCAUGUUGUCCAUCAGCACAUCCCAUAGAACAGAUCCAAUAGGAUAACGUUCUCAUCCUAUCUCCUGCUAACUGCUCAAGGCUGUUUAAUUUCAAAAUUAGGUCUUGAGUCUUGAGUGCUGUUUGCCCUGUUUCACAUCAAACAUGUUCCAUAAUUUUGAAUCUGUUUGGGCUGUUUUGUUUUUUUUUUAAUUAGUGGUUAACUGUGAGAUUUAGAGUUGUGCAAAGAAGGACAUUUUUUCAAUUCUCCUUUUAUUUCCGUUUGCAUCUCUCAUUACCAAAGUCCACUUCAGCCAACCUCUCUCAGUAAACUGGGAGGCAGCACUAGAAAUCAGCACAAUAGUUUUCAAAAUGUCUUCUUUUGUAAAAAAUGUGAAAAGGAGAGGUCUGUAGCAGUCAAAUUUUGAAUGCUGGCAUCUCUUGAACUUCUAAUGAGAGUUUAAACAUGGAUUGAGAUGGGGCCAGGACUUUACCCUCUGUGUGUCAGGAUAGGGUGUGCUGCUCUUUCGACUUGGUCAUGCUUUAGGUGUUCAUAUGAAGUUUUUUGCAAGGUGAGCUGUGCUGUUAAAGCAUUAGAAAGAGUAUAAGGUCUCUUCAGGGAUUUUAAGUAUCUUUAGUUUUGCUUGUUGACAUUUUGGUCUUUUUCACUGAAAAUCAGAGCUCAGAAUCAUGUCUGUACCUGUCUCCUUUUUUCCCUUCUUCCUUUCCUUUCCUUUUUUUACAAACGCACAUUUGGAGGUUUCUGUAGGUUGCUGCUGUAUGCAUAGCUGGAGAUUUGCAAACAGGUGGUAACUAUACCGCUAUGUUCAAGUCUGAAGUUCACAAUCUGCAUUUGGCUGCUCACAGAAGAGGGUGAAAUGAGUUGCAGAUCUACAGCUGAGGGCAGAAGCUAACCCUCAGGGUCUGUAUCUUUAACCCAGCUGCCACUAGAAUAUUUAUCUCACUUUUGUAAAGAGCAGAUUUUAUCAAAGCACUGGUUGUUGUUUUCAUCUUUGCUCCAGUAACCAAGAUAAGAGAGUAAUAAUUUACCUUCUUUCCAAAUUUGCUCUUAACUGUUGGAAUGUAACCUCUUCUCCCACAGGUUCUUCUGUUUUCAAACACUGGAAGAGCAAUUUUGUAACGUAGAAAAAUAUUUUACUUGGGGUCAUUAAUCACUUGUUCUGUCAUGCGCUUGAUUUUUAUUUGUGGUCUUUUCAACAAGAGCAUUUGAAGGCUGACCUGAGUUUUGUCUGUCUCCUGUUAGACUCCACCUCGCUGAAUCCUUGUACCCAGACCCACAAUGUUAGUGUGUCAUCUUUGUCCCCUCAAUAAAUCUUCCCUAAGAGAGGGACUGCAAAUCUGUUGCAAAUGUUAGUGGGAUUUGAAACAUGCUUUGGGAACUGGGGAGAGCAGAGCCUAGCCAUAACUCUGUUUUCCUUGCUGGAUGUUUUUGUACUUAGUCUUCAAAUACAGUCAGACAUCCAAAUGCUGAUAAAGUUAACUCUGGCUUUUCCCUGUUUUUAACCAGAGGACUGAGAACAGUGGGGGGUUCUUUUUUCUUUUUUUUUUUUUUUCUUAAGUAAUUCAGUAAUGGGUAUAGGUCUUGCUUCCUAGAAGGAUGUUACAAAUGCUGUAUACUUGCUUCCUGAAGAUGAUAUUGAGUAUCUAUAAGUUGUACUGGCUUAUCAGAAGAGGCUUGCUAAGCAGGCUGACCACUGACUAUGUUUUAUACUUACAUUUUGAACAGUAUAUUAAUGGGCAUGAUGAGAAUUUCACAAAAUAAAUCCCUUCUUAAUGCUGAGAAGAGGGGAGCUGCUUAGAGGAGAAAGGAAUUAAUAGCCUUUCUCUUUACAGGAUCCUUUUCUCCUCUUAGUGCAUGUAACUCCCUAUUCAGGAUCAUGGGAUUAGUGCAUGUAUAUCAAGAGGAGAAUAAUCAACAUUUCAUAUUUUCUUAAAACUUAUUGGUCAUGCUUUCUUUCUGAAAAUGUAAUAAAUACAUCAUCAGAUACUCAAAUUUUGCUCUUCUAAACAGACAUAUCAGUAACCACUUGAAAAACUGAAAUCUACAGCAGUGCACAAAACAGUACAAAACCAACACGAAUCUCUUAAUUUUGAAUUUUAUCUCUCAAAUAGGGGUUUUUAUACUCGCGCGCGCACACGUACACAGAGUAUGUAUAAAUUAAAAUGACUGGAAAUAGCUGAAGUUAAUGUCACUAAUGAAGAUUAGCAGGUGGAUUGGAUUGGAAAAGUGAGCAUAGAUUUUAUAUCUUAUUUUCUUCUGGUUUAAUAGAGCAUAGCUUGUAUAUUUGACUACCAAGCCCUUUAAGAGCAAUAAUAAACAAAAAUAUAUAAUGUUUUUCGUCUUUUGCUUUUCAACCAUGCUAGGUUUAAUAAACUUACAGCUAUGGGAGUGUUUUUUAUCUCCAUCUUUCAGAAUUUUAAUUUAUUGCUUAUUUAUUUGGAGUAAAUAGAGUUUUCCAGUAUGGACUUGCAAGCUGACUGCUAUGGAGUUCAGCACUGACUCCGAAGAGGAGUGGUUCUCAGACUAACAUGGACAGAUUAGAUAGAUGUAUGCUCUUGGCUUUGGCAGCAUUUGUCAUUGUCACCAACAGCAAUGAUGCUUCUCUCCAAGUGGGAUUCACAAUUCCAAAGGAGCAUCACAUUGACCUGCAUCUGAGAACCUGGUGAGAGAGCUUGGGGACUGCUGGCCAUGUGGCAUCUCUGAGUUAGAAAGGCACAAAGAGCUAAUGCUGAAGAAGGAGGUGGUAUCCAGAGGCAUUGGCUCGGUAGGAUUACAGUUCUCUCUUGCUCAUUGUGGGCUGAAUGUGCUCUUGCAAUUGACUUUGCAUCACUGAGCAAAAUAUCUGUCUCUGGCACAAAGAGCAUGGGCAAUAUUCCUUUGUUCUGCUUUAACUUAUCUCAAAGGGCUCUACACUGCUGACCAAUGAAUCUGACUGCUGCCUGUGUCCUAAUCGCCUGGUAUUCACAGGAAAAGUGAGUGUGAUUGCUCACUUCCACGUGGUACCUCUUGUCUCCAUCACCAAUGUCUGUAUAUUUGCUCACCUGUAUCUUCUGCAGAUAGUUUGGUUACAGCCUCUUAGCAGGAACUCGGAGCUCUCCAGUUCAACCACUCCUACAGCAGUUGUCUCACAUGGCUGGGGUUUUCUCUUCCUGAAUUUUGGUGCUGGUUGACAGCUCUAGAUCUGAACUGACAGGGUUGUUUGUGUUAUGUGAUAAUGCAACUUUGCUGCUUCAAAGCAAAACUUUUAGCAGGGAAAAGAAGACCUUCCCAGGCCGGUUCACACAGGCCCUGCCUACCUGGCAACAGGUCCCUGUGGUGAAAGGGAGUUGGGACAAGGUUUUUACUAAGAGUUGGAAUAAUGAGAAAGCCAGGGAGUCACUGUCCAUCAGAUAUUUGCUGAAAGUACUGUUUCUGUCUUGGGACUACCCCAAAACCUGUUUUUGCUUCAUGUACCUUUUGAAGAAAUGUGGGGUUGGAGGCUUUUAAUAAUGCUGACUUGAUGCUACACAGAGCGUUUCGGAUUGAAGACAAAGUCUGAUGUACUUUGGCAUCCUGGAGAAGUAUUUGUUAGGAAGUCUAAAGCCAAGCUUGGGCAGAUCUCACCCAAGUGUUUCAUGCAGAUGCUGGAGGCCAACACAGAUCAAAGUGAAGAAUCCAUUCCUUGAUCUCCUUUGAAGAUGGGAUGCAGCAGGAUAGCUCACAGCAUCUGCUGGAUGCCAUGUGCUUCUGUCCCCUGGUGUGAAGGUUCUGAUUCCCAGCAGACGAUUGUGGCAAGUUCUGCUGUGUGCCUGCACCAAGAAUCUCGUCCCUGUGAUGGGAAUGCUGAAUUUCUACUCCCACCCAGUAUGUCACAACUGGUUGUUCCCAUAUUCCUGAACCUUCUGAUCAUAACAGGCAGUGCUCCAGGGCUGCUGGUGGUGAGAGAAGCUGGGAUUUGAAGCAGGUAACAGCCCUGCUGGGAGCUGUGAGGGAGAAGGAACACCGCAAGGUGCAUCGCUGGGAGGAGCAGGAACACUGAUGGGUCCAACCAAAUUCUUGCUCUGAGAAAACUGAGUGAUUACCAGGAGCUUUUGCAAAGCAGAGACAACUGUGUGGGAGCCAAGCUCUGACUAAUGUGGAUGUGAGACCUCCGAGUAACAACCUAAAAAAUAACCCUUGCCAUGUUCACGUGAUUUGGGUCCGAAUUCCUCCUAAGGGGACUCCUAAGGGAUUUCAGAUGGGGACUCUCAUUCUGCCCUGUUUUUCUUUAAGGCUGGUUUAUCUGAUUGCCUCUGCAACAAGAUGCUUGCAGGCUGCUGGUUGUGUGUUAUUUGCCUGCUGUGGUUUGGAUUGAGAACAUUCUGGAAGUCAGUGUUACAGGGUCUGUGCCACAUGUAUUAGCCACCAGAAAAAGUCGUGAAAAUAUUACAUACUUCAGAAUUGGGAAGACAUGGGAUUGGCAUGUGUUUCUGAUCCUUGGCCUCUGUAGGCUUUUAGAACACUGCCUGUGUUUCUUAAAAUGUUACACCUGUAGUUACUAGCCACUGUUCUGUUUUUGAAACUAAAGAAAGAUUAUUUGUGCACUUUCACUGUUGAGGGCACUUGAGUGCAGAUAGUCUAUUUCUAAAAACCACUAGCGGAAGCAGCAUUUUAUCUUUUAGGAGAAAAGUGUAUUUUAAAAUUAGACACUUCAGCAGCAAUCAGAAUAUAAUAGUACUUUUUAAAUUUAAAUCAGAAGUAUUCUUUAGUGUGGGAAUACUUCUAAUACCACUACCAAUUUUCAAUCUUACACAACUUUUUUCAUUUUGGCCAGUGUGCAUUCUUAAGGAAAACACACUGAGUUACAAAUUACUAAAAUGCAAUUUGCGAAGGAAGGAGGAGUAGGUAGCAGAGCCUAAUCAGGAAUUAAAUUUUAGUCCCCAAGGCAUGAGCGGGUUCUGUGUACCUCCUUUAUUCUGUGCAUGUGCAUCUGUGCAGAGAGCCAAGCUGUGUCCUUUCGUGUCCCUUCGCUUCAGCUGUGUCCGAGCUGUCCCUUGUGACAUCUGAAUGCUGAACUCGCCUGAACGCCCGGCAGCCGCUGCCGGCCGGCGCCUCGCUCACUCCUCAGAUCACCAGCAAGUACUGUAGCUUUAAUCAAAACCUCUCCGAGGAAAAUCACCCUCCUUAAGCUGAUUGAUGUGUUGCAAACCUGUCAUUUGGAGGGAAGCGUAAGUCACCAGAUGAUCAUUAUUAGCCAAAUCUAACGAGUAAUAAAACUGUAUACAGGGUAUGCAUUUACUGUGCAUGUGUAUAUAUUUUUGUACAUUUUUACAGUUGUUUCCUACACUUGAUUUUAUGAUGUUCAGAAGAAGUGUGUCUGAAUCCGGUGAAAAACAAGAAACUAUUAAGAAAACCCGACCCUGUCACCUACUGUAGUUUUUAUGGAGAACUGUGCCCAAACACGCAAAUUUAUAGUGCUAUGCAAAUUUUACUUUGUAAGUUGUCUCUUAAAUUUUGCUUAAGUAGUUUACGCUGUUUUUACUGGGCUUUCAGAAAAAAGAUGAACGCAAAAGCCUCGUCUUGUAAAAUAAAAUAGCUUUGGCUGUGUGAAAGUACUGUA